UUUGCGUGGGCUUCCCUCGGGCUCUCUCCUCCUCUCUCCAUUCUGCGAGCUUGCUUGCAGAUCAACGCCGUUGUGCAAAUCGACAGAGAAGAAGACAAGAAAUCAUGGUUUCUGAAAAGUUUUACUUGCGCUUGCUCACCUUUGUGACCCUAUUGACUGUACUGGCACUCUCGGAUGUUGCAAGUGAGAACACUCUGGAAAAACUCUUGAUGAAAAAAGUGGACGGUGAUGUAAAGCCAGCUGCAGCUGUGGCUGUGACUCCCUCCAGGGCCAAACAGUUCCUGGCCUCCCUUAAAAGACCCAAAAGGAACCUGUGGGACCGCAGCCGCCCUGAUGUUCAGCAGUGGAUCCAGCAGUUCAUGUACAUGGGCUUUGAUGAAGCAAGACUUGAAACGGAUCUGGCGUACUGGAUGGACCACUACCAAUCCAGUGACCAGGGUCGCCAGCAUCACUAUGAUGAAAACUCUCCCAUGGGGCCUCGCAGCGCCGGCUCUUACAGGCAUGGGGCAAAUGUCAAUUAUGACUACUAUUAAAGCAACCAAGACAUAAGCGCUCUGAUUUACCACAUAGUGAUGUCAGCUUGCUUCUCCCUUCUGUUGCUUGUACUUCCUUUGUGCUUCCUUUUUUAAAAUGAAAUUUGAAAAAAUCAUGAGGGGAAAGAGUCAAUUUUAACAGUUCACACAUAAAUGAAUAAAUGAAGAAUGUCAUCAUUUACUUGAAAAUGACAAAAACAUACCAGAAAAAUAUCUUAAAAGUAGCCUAUAGAACCACUGCCAUUUUCCAUAAGAUACAUUUAUGUGAAGAAAAGACUGACAUUUAGGUCAUUACCAAUAAUCUUGUCAAAUCAUAUUUUGAGCUUGACAGCCCCAGUCUUCUUUCAUAUAACUUUCAUUAUAUGGAAAGGAACAAGAAUGAUGUUAUUAAAAAUAAAUAAAUGUCCAAUGGGUUUGGAACAACGAGUAAAUGAUGACAGAAUCAUUUCUGAGUGAACUUGGUGUCUGUGUGGUGUUGUUUUCAAAAGACUGGAAAGAGUGUUACAAUAAAAACCACAGAACCUA